AGAUGUGCUGUAAUCCCAAAGGAGCCGUCGUUGGGGGCAGAGGCCAAUGGUGGGGUGGUUCCCUUAGAUGGGUGCAUGCCGUUCUUUUUCUUUUUGGGAACCAGUGACAGCUUAAGAUCCCAUUUCACAGGCGGUAUAAAAGCUUGGCCAGGCCCGGCGUUGUAGGAAGAGGGCCCGAUGGGAUUUUAUGGAAGCCCCUUGUAGUCCUGUUGCCGUUUACGUCAGUUAUCUUCGACCAGGCUAAAAAAACAACCAGUAAACGAAACAUCUCUCUUUCUCCGCCUUUUAAAAAGCGUUAAAAGCUACAGGUUUUCUAGUCCGGGGAGGAAAAUGUCCGUGCCCUGCAGCCCUGAUUUACGCGAGAUAAACGGAACGGAACCUUCGUUAUAUAGGCUAUCGUUCCUUUGAGGAGCCCGGACGACUUUCAGCGUUGGACUCGCCUGCGUAGAACUCGGGCCAAAAGAUGGUGGCGAAUACAAGGUAAAGGUAAACUGCAUUAACCAGAAAUAGAUACCAGUAUCUUUGUUUGGAUAAGGGAAGCGGCUCAUCAAUAUUCAUUUAUGGCUUCAUUUCUCAAAACGCUGGAUUUUCUCUCUUUGAUAAACAAACAGUACUGCCAAAGUAGCUUGUGUAGGACUCUUGCAAAUGGUCACCAUGCAAGGUGGUACAGUGGCUAUCAGAGACCCGGAACAUCUAUUGAGAAAAUUUCACCACGGAAGACAAUUGAUAACUUUAAGAAAGUAAUGGAAGAACUCAAAACACAAUGUGGGCUUGUAAAGAAAGAGGCAAUUGAUUUUAUGAAAGAUUUUGAUCAAAAACCAGUACAAGAUUUUAUAUUGAACCAGACAAAAGUGGUAUGGGAAUUUCGUAGUGAAGAAGAUAUAAAUAAAUGGGUGCUUGGUUCUGACACAGCGAUUGGAGGGAAAAGUGAAAUUUCUAUAAAGCUGGAUAAGAAUAAACAGUAUGCUAGCGUGUCUGGGAACCUCAACACUACUGUACCUCAUGACGGAGUGACAAAAUAUAGUGGAUAUUGUGCCAUGAUAUCAAAACCAGAAAUGCUUGCUUUUAAUCGGACAAAGGUACAUGACUGGUCAAAUUUUAAUAGUCUAUGUCUGCGUGUCCGUGGUGAUGGUAGACCGUGGAUGUUAAACAUCAAUCCAAACAAAUUCGACCCUACUUCAGUGAAGGAUUCUUAUAACUACUUCAUAUUCCCCCGAGGGGGGCCAUAUUGGGAGGAAAUUGAG